UUGAAAAAAUACAAACAAAUCGUGCAUUGCACGGGGUUCAUCUAAUAUAAUAAGAUAUCUUUACCCAUUAAUGUCCUCAUCCUUUUUCACUCUAUCAUUUCUCACUCCUCCAAUGACCCCUAAUAACAUCUUAUUUUAUUAAAUCUCUUAAAACUCCGUACAAUCUCAUCGAUCUCUAGCUUAAAAAAAAAUUAAAAAAAAAAAAUGGAGUAUAUACGUCCUAUAUGACCAAUGAUGAUUGGUACUACCACAUAAGCAACUAUGCAUCAACCAGAGCAAGCUGCAAAGUGGAUCCAAUACAGCAAACACACAAAACAUCCAUUAAAGGAAGUCUACAAAAACUCAAAAUUCGAGUGCAAAUGCUGCAAAACUGAGAGUCGAGGCAUGAGAUAUCGAUGCGAUCAAUGCAAUUUCGAUACUCAUUUGACGUGCGGGACUUGCCUGAUUUCGAUCUCUUCGUUCACACAUCCAAAACACACACUACAACUAAUGGAGAAACCAAACUUACCUUUCCAUAAAUGUAACCUUUGUCAAAAUUACAUCAAAGGUAUGGUUUAUAGGUGUAAGAAAUGCAGUUUUUUUGUGCAUCCUGUUUGUAGUCAAUUGCCUGAAUAUUUGGUCAAACAUGACAAACAUCCUCCUCAUUCUUUGAAGCUUCAACUAAUGCUUUCUAGUAAGUGUGAUGUUUGUGAAAAAUCAUGUAAACAUUGGAGGUAUUUUUGUGAAAUUUGUGAUGUUCAUAUUCAUGUUGGGUGUUUGUCUGGCAAAAUUCCUAGUGAUGAUGAUGAUGAAGGUGGAUUUGGAUUACUUGGUGAGGUUUUGGGUGGAAUUUUAGGUGGUAUUGCUGAAGGUUUAUUAUCUUCAUGAAUCUUGUAAUGGUUGAAAAUAAACUCGAAUCACCAGCCUUUUGGUCAAUGAUGUAUAACCUUUUUUCUCACUUUUAUUAUGGAGUACUAGUUUUUUUAAACGCGUGUUAUA